AUGACCAAGCUUGAAAAGUUGGAAGAGCAGAUGAAAUUGCAACAACAAUAUUUAGACAACAAAUAUAAGAUUCUUUCGCAGUAUAACGACCUGCCCUCAUCCAGCACUUCGAUGGCCUCUUUUAGCAAUGGGCCUACACCUGGGCAAUUAGCAGCAAGGCAGGCCAUACCUAAGCAGCUCCCAACCUUUAAUGGCGACCCUGAAGAAUGGCCGCUGUUUAUUAGCAGUUUCGAUAACAGCACUACGGUCGCGGGGUACACCGAUGCGGAGAAUUUUAUUAGAUUACAAGCGAGCCUUAAAGGCAAAGCACGGGAGAUGGUAAAAUGUAAAUUGUUUUUGCCGUCCAUGGUCCCUGAGAUCAUAAAAACUCUUAGAAUGUGCUUUGGCAGACCUGAACACAUCCUUGAGCGCGCAAUGAAUAAAGCUCGUGCUAUGCCUGCACUGAAGGAUAAAUUGGAGGGCCUUAUUGAAUUUGCACUCUGCGUCAGGAAUAUUUGUGCCACGAUGGAGGGAUGCCAAAUGUACAUGCACCUGCAUAACCCACUGCUCGUCAAGGAGUUGGUUGACAAGCUCCCCAACAACCAAAAGCUGAAGUGGGCGGUUCACCCGAAAGAUGAAAAGACUCCGGUGGUGAAACAAUUCAGCGACUGGUUGUACAAUCUAGCCGAAGCAGCCAGUACUGUCGUCUCUUUAGCACCUGCUAAAAGUAGUGCUACGGUUAACACGCAUACUAUCGACGUGAACACUCAGCAUCCAUCACCAGCUCGCAACAUAAUAUACCAAGGAGCAAGCAGUCGAAAAUGGGAGGAAGUUAAGGCGAACAACCUCUGUCGCCAAUGUUUGAAUCCGCAUAGACGGAAAUGUUUUAUGAAUAAAGUAUGUGGUGUAGAUGGUUGCACUAUAAAACAUAAUCCGUUACUACAUAAAACAAUCACGGUAAUGAGCCAACAAAAACCCAUCGCCGUAAGUACAAAUACAAACGAAUUUUUAGAUGCGCAGAUAAAUACGCACAGUAGCAGCCACGAAGAAAUGCAGCCACUCUUCAGAAUCGUUCCGAUUCGCAUUUAUUCUAAAAAUAAAGUACUGAAUAUAUUUGCAUUUUUAGAUGAAGGCUCUUCUGUGACGCUAAUGGAAAAAAGAAUAUUUGAUGAAUUAGGCUUGAAAGGUGAACAAGACCCUCUGUGUUUGCGGUGGACAGGUAACCCGACGCGUGUUGAAGAAAAUUCUGUGCGGGCGGCCAUCGAAAUUUCGAGUGUGACAAAUUGGCAGAAAUAUACUCUCAAGAAUAUUCAUACUGUUGACGAUCUCAAUCUUCCGGCACAGUCAAUCAAUGCAUCUGCGAUGGAGCGGCUAUAUCCAUAUCUAGCGGGACUGCCAAUUGCAUCAUAUAACAACGUAAAACCAUCAUUGCUUAUCGGUGCGGACAACUGGAGGUUGGCAAUUCCACUCAAAAUUAGAGAGGGAACCUGGUUCCAGCCCAUAGCGUCAAAAACCCGUUUAGGAUGGGCGUUGCAGGGGUGCAAUUCAAGACAGACUGCCGAAUAUCGACUAAAUAUACAUACAUGCGAUUGUCAAAAAAGAUACGAUGAGCUGCACGAGACUGUAAAAGAAUUCUUCACGUUAGAGUCAUCCAAACCUACUCAGCUACUGUCGGAAGAAGAUGCCAAAGCUGUGAGUAUUGCGAAUAACACUUGUAAAAAGGGCGAUAACUUUUACGAAAUUGGGCUACCGUGGCGUACCUCAAGUGUAUUGCUACCCAAUAACUAUGUAUAUGGUUUACAACGGCUGAUGUGUUUGCAGAGGAAGUUUGUUAAGGAUCCUAUACUAAAAUCUAAUAUUCAAAUUCAAAUCAAUAAUCUACUUUCCAAGGGGUACGCGAAAAAACUCUCCCCGAUUGAGGCUGCUAUUUCUAACGGUAAAACAUGGUAUUUGCCUAUUUUCAUUGUAAGCAAUCCAAAUAAGCCUGGAAAGCUUCGGAUGGUGUGGGAUGCUGCUGCAAAGGUGAACGGGGUGUCACUCAACAACUUCCUACUGAGUGGCCCAGACUUGCUUAACCCACUCGUUAGUAUUUUAUUAGCUUUUAGAGUAGGCAGAGUGGCUAUAUGCGGUGAUAUAGCGGAGAUGUUUCACCGUAUCAAUAUACGGGACAGCGACAUGCAUGCUCAGCGAUUUUUGUGGUGCGAUGACGGUGAUGAUCCUCAGCAACCAAGUAUUUAUGUCAUGCGAGCGUUGACCUUCGAAUUGAAUUGCGCUCCGUUUAUUGCCCACUACAUACGUGACAAAAAUGCUGACCAUUUUGAAAAUGAACUUCCUCGAGCCGUAGAAGCUGUAAAGAAGAACCAUUACGUGGAUGACUUUAUUGACUGUGGAGAUGAUGAACAAUCUGCGUUAGAAUUGGCUCAACAAGUAAAAAAAAUUCAUGGCGCCGCUGGCUUCAAUAUACGUGGCUGGUCUUCAAAUUCCAAAUUUGUCGUGGAGCAGCUCGAAGAAGAUCCUAUGUCAGUUCAAUCCGUCAAAGAAUGGGGUUCAACCACGAAAGUCCUCGGUAUGUUUUGGGACCCUUUAAGCGAUAAUUUUAAAUAUAUUUGUAGAUUUGCGAGACUUCGUCGCGAUGUUAUUAACGAAUCGAUCAUACCAACGAAAAGAGAAGCACUCCAAGUUUUAAUGUCGAUCUUCGACCCUCUUGGAUUUGUUUGCUGCUACACCGUAGGGUUAAAGAUCUUGCUGCAAGAUGUAUGGCGAUCUGGUCUCGCCUGGGACGACCCGCUCCAAGACAAUCUUUUCGACAAAUGGAACCAGUGGAAGUCCACUAUGCCAUUAAUAACAGCUGCCGAAAUACCUCGAUGUUAUUCACUAUUGCUGAAAGAUGCUGAAGAUGUUCAACUUCACACCUUUGUUGAUGCCGGGGAAAGCGCGUAUGCAGCCGUUUGCUACUUGCGUGUAUCAAAGGGAAACGACGUCACGGUUAGUUUAGUGGCUGGCAAAUCCAAAGUCGCACCGCUAAAGCCAUUAUCGAUACCCAGACUAGAGUUGCAGGCGGCGGUAAUUGGUGUGAGGCUGGCGAACAUGGUAAGCAAUACGCAACGUAUUAACAUAAUGUCGAAAUAUUGGUGGACAGACUCAAAGACGGUGCUAAGAUGGAUGCGAAUGGACCCUAAAAACUUCCACCAAUUCGUGAUGCAUAGAAUAGGCGAAAUUCUAGAGGCAUCAAACGUAAGCCAGUGGCGGUGGGUUCCCUCGAGAAAUAAUCCCGCUGAUUUAGCUACAAAAACAACUACACGUCAGUGCUACCAAUUGUGGUUUACCGGCCCAAAUUUUUUAAAGUCGAGCGCAGAAGUUUGGCCGCAGUGGGAAGAGUUAAGCUUAGAGGAGUGCGACGAUUCGGAAAUUAAACAUUAUGUUCUACAUAUGAAAAAGGAACACAUGAACAACCUGAUGCUGAACGUGGAGCACUUUUCCAGCUGGAAACGUUUGUAUCGAGCUGUGGCUACAUUUUUAUUUUACGUCGACCGAUUACGCUCAGUUGUGCUAGCAAGGCAACGGAAAACAUCCAUCGACUUUGACAUGAUUCAGAAAGCUCAAUGUCUUCUUAUAAGGUAUGCUCAGUCCAUUGAAUAUUGUGAAGAGAUCAGGUGCCUCAAACGCGGUAAGAAUAUUGACAACUCUAGCAAACUCUUUACUAUAAACGUUUACUUAGACACAGAUGGCAUAAUAAGAUGCAAAAGUCGAGUUGAACACUUAAACAACCAUGAAGAUAUUAAAGUGAUGCCUAAUUCUCAUCAUGUCACCUUUUUAAUAGUGCGUUGGGCUCACGAAAAUUUCCAUCACCUGAUGCAUGAGUCUGUAAUCAAUCAAAUUCGUGGUACAUACUUUAUAAAUCGACUGAGGGUGUUGUAUAAAAGAGUGCGCGCAGAGUGUCAAAAAUGUAAAAACCGUAGCUCCAUUCCUCAGCCGCCACAAAUGGCAGCGCUGCCGGCUGCAAGGAUUGCCGCUUUCGAGAGGCCCUUCACGUAUGUAGGUAUCGACUAUUUUGGCCCAUUGCUUGUCAUCGUGGGAAGAAGGCGAGAAAAGAGAUGGGGCGUUCUAUUUACAUGUCUAACGCUUCGCGCUAUACACAUCGAAGUUGCCCACAGCUUAAAUACCAGUUCCUGUAUCAUGGCGAUACGCAACUUUAUAUCACGACGCGGCUAUCCCAGGGAGAUAUUCUCGGACAACGGCUCCAAUUUCAAGGCAUCUGAAAAAAUAAUUAGCGAGAGUCUGAAAAAUAUCGAUUUGAAUGGUAUCGCCUCAUCUUUCGACCGAGUAAAAUGGAGAUUUAAUCCACCAAGCGCCCCCCAUAUGGGUGGUGCAUGGGAAAGGCUUGUGAGAUCAGUGAAGACUGUGCUUUAUGAAACACUACCUUCAACAAGUUUCAGCGAUGAAAGCUUGCGAAGUGCAUUGAAUGAAGUAGAAUUUAUCCUGAACGCCCGCCCGCUUACAUCUGUUUCUUUGGAAAAUGGUGACGACGAGGCUCUUACUCCCAACCACUUGCUGAUUGGGUCAUCGGAUGGCUACAAGCCAAUAUGUAGCGACACCGUCGAUCUGCGUCAACGUUGGCAAUUGACCCAACAAUUCGCUGACCGCUUUUGGCAUCGAUGGGUGAAGGAAUAUAUACCGGUCAUCUCUAGACGUACCAAGUGGUUCACAAAACAACGCCCAGUACGUAUUGGCGAUGUCGUGGUAAUUGCAGACCAAGACCUGCCGAGGAACUGCUGGCCGAAAGGCAGAAUUGUAGAUGUGGUAAAAGCGAAGGAUGGCCAAGUUCGGAGCGCUAGGGUAGAAACCAAAUCAGGCAUUCUUCAUCGACCGAUUGCAAAAGUAGCGGUGUUAGAUGUCGGUACCUAG